AUUGCAUCCGCUCGCCCCAGGUGAUGAGGCGCCUACCUUUGAAGUUUAGAGUACAGCAACUUUAAUGACCUUUAAGGUUUCUUACAUUGAUUGAUCGAUCACUUUUUGAUUUUUUUUAUUCUUUAUUUUUUGACUUCCGUCCAACAUUCAUCUACAAAGAAAACACAUACCUUAGGUGUCAUCGCAACAGAUACAACUCUAGUAAUCCGUAGGCACAACCUUACUACUACUUACGUAUCGCGUCGCAAUACGUGGAAUUUAUCAACUAGACUAUCAGAGAAGAGAGUCAUGUCGAAACCUUCUCUCUGCCAUGGCUACGUUCGUCCACGAUAAACUCGCAUAACACACCUUACCUUGAUGUUUCUGGUUUUCUUCAGUCGCUCACAUACGCACUAGCAUAUAUAAGUAUAUAUAAUAUAUACCUAAUACAUAUGCGCUAGCAACAUCCAACAUCCAACAUCCAAUACAAAUAACAGGAUGCCCUCUCAUCACGUAGAGCGACAAGUCGACCGCCUCGGCAGCUACUAUUCUUCACACGCCCAAGCUCACGCUCAAAAUACACUUUCAGAGCGAUUGCAACAGCCUAGCGUGCUUAUGUCCUUAGCUUUACUUCUAUUCACUCUAUUGUACCAGUCUUUACAUUCUUCACCCUUCUCUCGCAUACGACAUCCCGGCGAGCUUCUCUGGAGUCUUAUAGUAACCAUCACUCCCGGGACUUUGCUCUAUGCCCUCGACGACUGGAUCCACCCACCGACCUUUCCGAUCCCAGGGCCUGUGUUAGCGACACGAUCCUGCUCUCGCGCUGCGAAAUCCCAACUCCUCCGACGAAUACUUGGAAUGGAUGGGUCAGCUGGUAUCAUGACAACUGUUGCGGAUGCAAGUAGAAGAAGCCUUUCUACUUUGUCCAGCAAUACCUUUGUCAAACCCAAGAUCGAUCGGCCACCCGGCUUAGGCAAUUAUGACAAUUCAUGCUUCCAGAAUAGCAUCCUCCAGGGACUCUCGUCACUGAAGCCAUUCCCUGAUUACCUGGCAAGGGUUUUGGAGCAAGAUAAACUUAGGAGUGAUGGCGAACCUGGCUCGGCUAGCACGUUACGGGACCUCAUAUCGAAAUUGACGGACCCCAAUUAUAAUGGAAAGACAUUAUGGACGCCCAAAAAGUUGAAGUCUUUAGACACAUGGCAGCAGCAAGAUGCGCAGGAGUACUACUCCAAGAUACUCGAUGAGGUUGAAAAAGAAAUUACAAGUGCAACUGAUCUUCAACAUUGUUCAUCCGGAUUCGAACAAAUUAACGCCAGAGACGAAACUGAGGAUAGUCAGCAUAGCGAUGACAGCGGGUACCAGUCGUUGCCAGUGCUUGCCAAAGCCGGAUCAGACGCCAGGGCUCUGAGAAAUCCCUUGGAGGGUCUCAUCGCACAACGAGUCGCAUGUGUUCAAUGUGGCUAUUCCGAUGGGCUCUCCAUGAUCCCCUUCAACUGUCUCACCCUCCAUCUUGGACUCGACCAAACAGAGCAUGAUCUUUACGAGAGAUUAGAUUCAUACACCGAUUUAGAGACCAUUCAAGGAGUUGAGUGCGCCAAGUGCACCUUAUUAAAACUCCAGGGUCUGCUCAAAAUCAUCGUAGCUCGUGGCAAAGAGUUUGGCACAAAUCCAACCAGCCCAGGAGGGCCUGUCUCUCGACUAGAGGCUACCGAACUCGCUCUUGAAGAAGAUGAUUUUGACGAGAAGACUCUGCAAGAUAGAUGCCAAGUCUCAAAGAAAAUCAGUUCAACCAAGACCAAGCAGUUAGUCAUUGCACGACCGCCUCAAAGCCUUGCCAUUCAUAUGAACCGGUCAGUGUUCGACGAGAACACCGGCGCCAUGUUCAAGAAUUUCGCAGAUGUUCGAUUUCCAAAAACCCUUGACAUUGGCCCAUGGUGUCUAGGAAGCGCCGGCUCGCUUAGUUCUCUUAAUAAUAACAAUAAUAAUCAUACUGCUGCCGAGGACGAAGAGCAGUGGAUCACGGACCCGAAAUCGUCUAUGGUAUCUGGAGAUCUAAAACCUUCCAAGAUUAGCGGUCCAAUUUACGAGUUACGCGCGGUCAUAACCCAUCAAGGCCGGCACGAAAAUGGCCAUUACAUCUGCUACCGGAAGCAUCCCUGCCGACCGUCCAAGCCUGACGAUAACCUCAUGGAGAAAGCGGAAGCAGAAUUAGUUGAUAAUGGAGACGGUGGUGAUGCCCAGGAUACAAAUAAUACGCCAGUCGACGUGGAUGAUGAUGAUGAUGAUGCUGAUGAUGAUGGAGAAUCCGAGUCGGCCACAGGCAUGAAAUGGUGGAGGUUGAGUGACGAAACCGUAUGGGACGUGUCCGAAGAAUCGGUCUUAGCACAAGGCGGAGUGUUCAUGCUUUUCUACGACCUGGUUGAUCCCAAUCAGAUUCUCGUCUCCUCACUUCAACACGAAACGAAAAUAAAAGACGGUAUCACGGCAUCUUCCCCUGAGCAUGUUGUUAUCGAGAAGACAUCCACCGAAGACCCACAGGAAAUCAAGUUCACCGGGUCAAUUCUCAUACCAUUUCUAGCCGAUGGUGAACGAGUGGAUCCUAGUAUUCCACUUGACCGACCUAAUAGUUGAUGACCACGAUUGGGGCUAAAGACUUGUGUUCAACUAAGCUAGCUUCCUGUAGCAGCUAGGUCUUAGUUGGCGCAGAGCGUGUAUUAUGGUGGUUUGCUUUCUGCGCAUAGCCAUGGCGUUUUGGUGGAAUGGACUAUGGAUGGAUAGCCCUGGAUUUAUUAUUUCAUUUUCAGAGCCAGCUCAGCUAGCCUUAGCAGCGAGUGUGAUUGUGCCAACUAUAUCUCCUCCUGUGUUCGUCGGAUAGUGAUGGUCUUGGGAUGAAUAAUAUCGGAUGCAGCACGACCAAGUACCUGGUAGGUACCUAUUGGCCUAGGCUAAAUAAGUAUGCCAUAGAGCAUAGAUUGGUAUCCGGUUUGCUCCGGAAUGGGCAACAUUGAGAAUAUAAAUAUAUCUUAGAGACACAUGUACAUACUACGUGGUUGGACUACGCAGGAGUACUUGAGCAUCAAAAGAGAUGAUAGUA